AUGAGCAAAAUUUCUAAAGAAGCAUUUGAAUAUCUCAAUAAGAUGAGAUAAAAUCCUUAGAUUGCUAUCUCAAACUGUUUAAAGGAAAUGUAGUGUAUAAACCAGGAGAAAUUCCUUUACAAACUAAAUGAAGGCCCAAAAGUUGUCAAUGAAUGCAUCUAGUUCUUAUAGAAUCAAAAACCAGUUGGUCCAUUGACUUGGAGUAAGGGUUUGGAGUGUGCAGCAAGAGAUCAUGUAAAAGAUACAGGACCUAAGGGUGUUACAGGCCAUACCGGUACAGAUGGAUCAUCAAUGAGUGAUAGAAUAGAAAGAUAUGGUGAGUGGGAUGUUACAAUAGGAGAAAACAUCAGUUAUGGUCAAACGACUGGUGAAGAUGUCAUCAUUUAAUUGAUAAUUGAUGAUGGAGUAUCAUCUAGAGGACAUAGAAAAAACUGUUUUAAGGCAGAAUUUGGAGCAGUAGGUAUUUUCGACGGUGAUCAUAAAUAAUUUAAAACUCAAUGUGUUUUUGAUUUUGCAGGCUCUUUUCAAGAUAAAGCUGGCUUAGAUGCUGGUGGUGGAAAUUCUUAAUAAGGAGUAGCACCAUAAAAAGAGGGAGGUCAAAGUGCCCCUAUGCAAUCCAGAGAAUAAGCAGCCCCUGCUAAAGCAUAAUCCAAAGAUCCCAAUGACAAAAUUGUCAAAGAUGCUUUUGAUUAUUUGAAUUAAGUUAGACAAAAUCCAACACUGCCCAUACCAAAAUUAUAGGAACUGAUGAAGUUAUUCAAGGGUAACGUCCUUUAUAAGCCUGGAGAGAUACCAUUAUAAACAAAUGAGGGUACCAAAGUUAUCCAAGAAUUAAUUGCCUUUUUAUAAAAACAAUAGCCUUUAUAACCUUUGACAUACGAAAAGGGAUUGGAACAAGCUUGUAUUGAUCAUGUGAAUGAUACAGGUCCAAAAGGUGUCUGUGGUCACACUGGUACUGAUGGAUCAUCUCUAUCUGACAGAAUUGAAAGAUAUGGAGAAUGGAAUGGCAAAAUUGGAGAGAAUAUCAGCUAUGGACAAAAGAAUGGGUAGGAUGUAAUUAUUCAAUUACUAAUCGAUGAUGGAGUGGGUUCAAGAGGACAUAGAAAAAACUGUUUUAGUCCUGACUUCUAUUUAGUUGGAAUUGCAGCAGGAGAUCAUAAGCAAUAUUAAACUCAAUGUGUUUUCGAUUUUGCAGGUGAAUUCACUCCAAAGGGAGCCUAAGGAUAAAAGCCUAAAGCAUAAUAAUAAUCUUAACCCUAAAGCAUGAAAGAUUAAAUGAAAAAUAUGAUGUUGGGAGCCAAAGGUGGAAAUGAUGCUCAAGCCCCUCAAAAUUAGGAAGAAGAAAAACUUCCACCUGGAUGUGUUUCAGUUAGUACAUCAACCGCAGUCACUAUUAAGAAUGGAUAAAAAAUUACAAAAAUAACAAAGACAUAUAAAUUCAAGGAUGGAUCAACCAAAACAUCAGUCUAAACUUUAACUGAAGGUUGAUUGCAAUAUAUAUCAAAAAAUAGAUAUAAACAAAAAUAUUAUAAAAUUGAUAAAAAUCAAAAAAAAA